AUGGCUGGAGUUGUACAUUUGGGCAUACAGGGCGAAGAAGAUUCUCUGAAGCUGCAGCAUCUCCUGGAUAAGAUAAGGUCUUAUGAAGAGAGGCUUGCAGGUCAACCCUCCGAUUUAUCGAUUCUUUCUCCCGUUGCUUCCGGUCCAGGCCCGAGUCGUACACCUCGGCAAGCCGAUGCCGACACGCCGACCAGCAGUGGGCCCAAUAACCAAUCUAGGGGAUUUCCAUACGAUGAAAGCGUCUCUGCAAUCAGCCCCGCGACGGAUCUCGCAUCGGGACCGGCAUUCGAAUCUCAAGCUAGAUCUCUCCUGGAUAGAUCCCAACUCAGUCCCUUUGCGGCUCGAGAUUACACGAAAAGCAGAGACCACAGUCGUUCACAUUCCCAAUGGACAUCAGUCGACACAAUACUCGAAGAUAGUAAUGAAUCACUGCCCUCACUUGAGCAAUCACAAUAUUUGCUCGAGCAAUUCCUUUUUUACUUGGGUGUCAGCCAGCAUUUUUUUGAUUCGAGAACAUUUUCCGACUCUCUCAUGCUCCUUUUUCAGACUCCAGAGAGCCGAGAAGAAGUAAAAAGAUCUACUUGGUACACCGAAUAUCUUCUUGUCAUGGCAAUGGCCAAACUUAUGGACGUGGAGAAUCCAACCAGCCAGCCACCUGGUUCCGCCCUUUUCACGGAGGCACUGAGUCGACUUCCCCAAUUACAUCACCUCGGUGGAGAGGGUGUUAUUGCGGUCGAAAUACUUACGCUAAUGGCCACAUACCUGCAGUGGUGUGAUCGUAAACAUGAUGCAUAUCUCCAUAUUGGCCUUGCCUUGCGCCUAGCCAUUGCACUUGGUUGCAAUCUCCCCGAGAAUGAACAAAACUGUCUUCCGUCCCAGAGUGCCCAUAGAGUGCGGCUUUGGUGGACGGUUUAUAUGUUGGACCGACGAUUGUCGUCCGGCCUAGGGUUGGCCGCUGGAGCCGAUGAGCGACAGCUCCGGGCUGGCUUUCCUCGACAUGUCGCAGGCUUUCAAUCCCCUGUUGCAUUAAAUAUCAACGUGCGUAUUGCUCGUAUAACGGAUGAGAUCAUGUCAACGCUAUAUGGAAAUUCUUCUAUCACCGAACUUGACUUGGUCAAAAGAAUCCAAGAUAUCCUGAAAGAAUUAUCUGACAUCGGUCGAUCGUUUCCACAAGCUCUAGUUUUGGAUUUUAGUCGACCUCUCGGCAAUGUCACUCGUACAGGUGCAUCUUUAUAUCUAAUGCUUUUCCAAGCCAUCAUACUAUGUACUCGGCCGGUAUUGCUGCGCAGUGUCCGCUUAGAAGUCCAACGGCAGCAAAGGCUAGAGGCCACUGAAGAAAUACCCGAUAUGCUUUCAAGGUUGUGCGACACUUGCAAUGAAGCAGCUACGCGAAGCUUGGAAAUCCUGCACUCCCUCCAACGCCAAAGAACAAUACCUCGCUUUGGAUUUUUCGAUUUAGAUGCGACAUUUUCUGCCGCAUUUGUACUCGUUAUGCGAGGUUUUAUCAACAGCUCCCAGGAUGAACCUCCUCCGGCAUUGAGUCAAGCCUGCGAGGUUCUACAAUUUUUAGCCCGGUCUGGAAACUUUGCAGCUGAGCAGCGACUCCAGGAUAUUUCGCAGUCUUGUUCACAUGUGUGGCCGAGUCGUGUUUUCAAUAAGACUUCAUCGAGCGAAGGAUCUCCUCAAGUCAGCAUGACUUCGCGACCCGGAGCACAUAAUAUCAAUCCGGACGGGAAUGGAAACAGAAGCCGUUUCGGAUAUUAUCCAACACAGUCUCAAGGUAACACUUCAGUGGUACCCGGAAGUCGACAUAAUCAUCAUGAUGAAAGCCAAUUGCUCGAGCCAUGGGCAAAUCUUCUAUCUACAGAUACGGUUUUUGGCACGCGGGAUGACUGGAAUAUUGAUUUGUCUGGAGAGGCAGAAGACAUAUACUCCAGUUUCAAUAAUCCAACUCUUCCACUAACGGGUGUUGAUUACAUGGAUUGGCUGGAGAUUGAGAAGGUACUCAAUGGUCCAGAGACACUGCCAAGUUGA